GAUGGCCCGAUAUCUUGGUCACGUUUUAUGGCGACGGGCUUUACUACCAUUGUUAAAUAACAGUCAUGCGACUUCAAAUCUAAUUAAGAAAAGCAUUUACACAAAAUCUACAAGAGUAAAGGCAUCAGUAAAUUUCACAACAAGUAGUUGUUGUUCUUUGCAGUCCCAUGAGAGCGCAGGCGAAGUCAACGCGCGGCGUGCAAAUGAUGUUUGCGAAGCGUUGAUGAUUGGGGAUGGUCACGCUAACGAGACAAACGCCAGACACAAGAGAAAAUUCACCAAUUUGGUGGUUCGCUGGAGCAGAGAUAGGGACGUCAUGUUUUGUCCAAUUUAUAAGAUUGCGUCGACGUUUUGGCGCCGUGUGUUUAUGAUAAAUAAUGAACGUAAAGAUAAGUCUAUUUCUAAAUUGACUAAUCCUUUCACAUUACUACCAGACAAAGAGUUUCCCACGAGCAAUAUAAGAAGCGUCAAUGAACUAGUAUCUAAUUCUUAUAAGUUCAUGUUUACAAGGGACCCAUACACACGGUUAUUUUCUUUUUAUUUUGAUAAAUUGGUAGCUCCAGUACCGUAUUAUUGGAAGACGGUUGGAAAAGAAAUUUUGAAAAACAGACCAGGCAGGGCGAAUAAGGCGAAGUGUGGGCAUGACAUUACCUUUCCAGAAUUUAUACAGUAUGUGAUUAAAACGUUGAAGAAUGGAAAAAGUGAUCCUCAUUGGAGUAGAAUGGAAACCCUGUGCAAUCCAUGUGAAAUAAAGUAUAAUUUCACUGGAAAAUUGGAAAAUUUUCUACCCGACUCUUUUGAAAUGACUAAGAAAUUGAAGAUGAAUACGAUGGCUGAGUAUUUAUAUGUUAACGGUAGUGCGUCAUACAGUGACGAUGCAAUUUUAGACAAAGUAAGGCAGCCAUUUACAUUUAAACGACAUUAUACUCCAUGCAUACACUUUCAAGAAGCGGUUUCUAGAACUUGGAAAACCCUUCAAAUCAGAGGCAUGAUUGGCGAUGACUCUCCACCAAAAGAUAUUGGUGAACGGUCGUCGUGGAAAGAAUUGUUUGAAAGCGCCAAACGAUCGAAGGUGGAAUCCACAAAAGAGACUCGAAUGAAAAUGAAAAAGGACAAUUACCGAAAAUACUGGGCUGAAAUAAGCAUUUCUGAUAUAGAAGAGCUAAGGCAUUUGUACGCGCGAGAUUUUAAGAUUUUCUGGUACAACGAUACACCCGAAGAUGUGUUCCAAAGACGAUCGUAAAACCUUGUCAAAAUAUGAAAGUCGAGUCACAAUAUUCGCAAUGGUAUAAAAUGUCAUUUACUUUUGUCUUGCUACAAAUAUAUUUCUACGACUCUCGUAAAAUCUUCUUUAAAAAAACGAAGCCACAAUAAGUAUUACAUUUAUUUGACAACGGUAAACAUAUCAACGUUUGGCGAAAACGGCCAAUGACGCACUUCUCGGCGUGAAAUAAGUACAUGUAAAUAAUAUUUAGUGGACCUGUUGUUGACAUGUUUACGGUCUUAGAGGGAAUACAAACAUGUAUAACAGUAUUGUUGUUUACCUUACUUCUUUAUAAUAAUUACGAUUGAAAUGAAAUCAUUAACAAUAAAAAGAGCAACAAAAAGUAAAUGACAACAUACAUGGUAUAUGAAACCAGUGAGACGCUGGGAAAGAGUAGUUUUACAUCCAAAGUAGGCUAUUGACUAUUGUAAAUAUAUAUUGGGUUUACUCUCUCUUAUUCGGUGCCUAGACUUUCAAGAAUCGGUUUCUAGAACUUGGAAAACCCUUCAAAUCAGAGUCAUGAUUGGCGGUGAUACCCCGCCAAAGGUCGUCUUGGAAAGAACUGUUUGAAAAGGCCUUACGAUAUCAAUUGAGAUUUUCAAAAGAACACAAAAAAAACACAAACUGGCUUUUAGUAAAAGUAUACUGUGCAGAAACAAGCAUAUCUGAUAUAAAAGAGCUGUGGAUUUCUUCUUUGUUUUCAUGAGCUUACAUUUUUAUAAAAGUUUAUGUUGUAUAUUCAUUAAAAAGUAAUUAAAUGAAGUUGCACAAAUAGA